CCUUAACCUGAGACUUGACAAACCACUUCUCACUUUCCAACAAGGAACAGGAAAAUCAUGGAUUCUGCAAUCUCAAAAUCUACUCAAAGCCUUACAACUGCUGAGGACAUGAGGAACCAAACCAAACUUAUAAUGCAGCCUUAUGCCAACUGGGAAGAGUAUCUGACUCCAGCACCUCUAUCCAUAGCCAUCCUGGGAGAGCUGGUUUUCAUCUCUUCCUCAACAGAUUUCUCUAUCAAUAAAAAACCUCCUGAAGGUGGUUUUAAAUUCAUCAGAUAUUCUGAUUCCUUUCGCGCUUGCCUCAUGCAAGUGUGUAACUCUGGUUGGUGGGCAUUUAAUGAGGCCCAUACAAGCAUGGAUCAGAUUCGCCUCCAUACUGCCCAAGUUCCAAAUUACAUGAAGACAGCUGUGAAGAUUCUGUUCCAAGGCAAUGAUGAAGUUGUUCAAGCACAUCUUCCUAAUCAGCUAGACAAUAUCAGAGUAAUUGCAGAUGACUGUCUUAAAUUGUCUGAUGUUGCUAAAAUGCGUUUCACUGAUGUCAUUAAUAUCAUCCAAGAGCUGCUAGAAGCAUGUACAAAUUCCAAGCACCUUUAUGGGAAAGAGAUGGAAGAAGUCAAGAAGAAAUUAGAAGAGAUCAAACUGAGGGAGCAGUCAGCUCAAGAGAUGAAGAAUAGGUCUGAGAAGGCAGUGAGAGCCAUAAAGAAGGAACUGGAUCAGGCUAAUGAGAACUACAGGAAUGCUCUGGAUUCUCUCCCUAAUGGAUGGGAAAUGAUUGGAAUGGAUCUUGUAAAUGGAAUAACACAGAGCGUUACAGACCUGAUGAAUGGAGUGACAUCUAUUGUUACUCAGCCAAUUAAUUUGAUACCUUCUGCAAAAACACCGAUAUCUGAUGCUAUGGGACGCAUUAAAGAUCAAGGAAAGUCUAGUGAUUUGGUAGCUGAAAUAAACGUGUAUAGUAAGUCAGCUGAAAUUUUAAAUUGUGCUCAGACUAUCCAGCAAAUAUUGAAUGUCAAUAGUAAGGAUGAUGACAUUGACUGGACAAAAUUGUAUGAUCAAAAGCACGAAACUACAAACACGGAUUUCAUAGCAAAACAGUUUGAAAGAAUCGAUGACACUUUAAAGAAUAUCUCUGACUGCUCAGCAAAGACACAAGCUGAGAAGUUAUGCAAAGAUGGCACAAAAAUAUGCAACCAGCUUGCAAAAUAUGCACCUGAUGGCAAGUGUGACAAAGUCAAAAGUACUGAGAUAAUAAAAGAGGUCUUGGAUCUGAUCAAGUCAGCUCAAAUUUUUGAUUGCAAAAGUAAAGACAUCACAAAUUCUCCAGCUAUUUGUCCUAAGCCACCAAUGAUGUAUAAAGAAGAAAACAAGUCUCAGAAUAUGAGUGUCUCUCAGAAGGCCACAGAGAAUGCACGAUUCAAGAUAGUACAGACCCGAGCUCAGCUGGACAAGACAAGCGAGACCUAUGAAAAGUGUCUGGAGAACCUAGAGAGGAACCAGAAGGAACUAACAGACAUCCUGGCUACUAUGAGAAAUUGUGAACUGAAAGAGAUUGACUUUAAAACUACCAUAAAUAUGCUGAUCAAAGGAAUGGAUGCCAUGGGGAGAGUAAAGGAGCAGUGGGAGAAGAUGGUUCAAUUCUUUCAGAUAGUUUCCAGCAUUGUGAAAACUAACCUGAGCACAAAUCUCAUAAACUUUGUCUCCACAUCAGCGGAAACACGAGCCCUCUCCUACAAUGCAAAACUUUUCUCAAAAGAUCUGCUCUACACCCAAGCUUUCCAAGCCUGUAACAUCGCUAGUCUGGUCCACAUGAUCUCUGGAACAUACACAGAUGUUUCCAGCAAGUACCUGAUGGACCGUGUCAGUUCACUGGGCAAACUGAUGGCCAUGGAUACAAGUAAACCAGAAUUUGAGCAUGAGCGAAAACUGCUCCAGAAAGGCUGUGAUGAGGCACGGAAAGGGAUUAAAAGCCUUGUACAGAAGAAUAAAGAGGAGUAUGACCAUAAGAGCACUGCAAGACUAAAAAGGAUUGAUCAAGAAUUGCUUGCCAUUCUACCUGCCGCUCCUCCAGAACAAACCAAGAGUAUUCAAGAGGUUGUUCAAGCUGUAUUCAAUGAGGAAGAAGCAAAAGACUACAUCUGAGUAAAAUAGGAAACAAGACAAAAGGCUUUUCUUUCAAACGGAACAACCAUUCCUGUCAUCGCUCAACAUCAGCAUUUUUAUUUUUAUUUUUUCAAAUUAAGUGUGAUAUAUUGUAGAACAAAUUCUUGAGUUUUUGCAGUUUAGUGGAAUUUUACUUAUGGAUUGUUUGCUUAUGGAUUUCUGUUUGGGUUUUAGUUAUACCUCUGUUUACUUUUCCAUUAGGAUUGUAUUUCUGU